UAAGCAAGUAAAAAUUUGGGAAUUUUUGGCUGGGGUCUCUUUUCACCGAACGAUUAAUCCAGUUGGUGGUUGCGCAUUGAAUUGCUCAGAAUCAAGAUGGCGACCCCUUCUCUAGCUGAAAAGCUGGACAAGAUCAAGUCCCCUGGACUUCAGAGUCAGAAGAGGACUGUCGUUGUACUUCAGGCCGUCGAGUCGACUCUCAAGGAACAGAACACGGCUCCUACGCCAACAGGAUACUUUGCCGCUCUUCUCGCCCUUCUUCAGCAGGCGAACAGCAAUGACACCGUGAAUCCAGAAUUGGCGACUCCCGUCGUCUACCUUCUCGACGUCGUUACGCCUUAUGCCCCCCAACCUCUCCUCCGAUCCAAGUUUACACAGAUUCUUACUCUUCUCGCCCCCGUACUUUUGUUGCAGGAUGCCGAAGCCCCGUUGUUGCGAUCGUCCAUAGGAUGUCUCGAAUCUCUUCUUCUGGCCCAGGAUGCCGCUUCUUGGGAGCUUUCUGUCUCCCAAAUCGGUCCUCGACGAGCUGUUGCUGGACUCUUGAACAUGUCUGUUGACCACCGACCAAAGGUGCGAAAGAGGUCGCAAGAUGCUCUGAAGACGGUUCUUCGAAACCCGCCUCCGAGCCCCUCCCUGGAUCACCCUGCUGCCGACAUGUGCGCCCAAACUGCUACCAAGAACCUCGAGGAUCUCGCCGGCAAGAUUGCGCAGGCGCGCAAGGGAAAGAAGGCCGAUGUUAGCCAUGACCCUGCUAUGAUCCACGCUCUUCAACUGGUCAAGACUGUUGCGGCUGCCAGUGGUGGCUGGCCUAGCAAGAAGAUCGAGUCUCUAUGCGAGCUCCUCUUGGGCAUCGCAAAGAGCGGAAACGAGUACAUGACCAUGGCGUCUUUCGAAAUUUUUGAGAUGAUCUUCGAGGGUAUGACAGAUGAGGUCUCAUCAGCCAAGCUCCCACGACUUAUGGAAAUUAUCUCCGAAUUGCGACCAGCUGCCAACGACACCCAGCUUGUUCCCCCGUGGCUCGCCAUUCUGUCCCGAGGAUACGAUGUUUCCGCCCAGGUCGAGCCUGAGGAGACUUUUCAGAACCUCCCCCAGCUGUUCGAUAUGGUCGCCCAGUUCCUCGAGGCACCCUCCGAGAAUAUUCGAAUUUCCGCCUCAGAAUGUCUAGUGUCUUUCAUGGCCAACUGUAUCCCUCAAAAUGUUAUCCUUGAGCCUUCAAUUUUCGACGAGAAGGUUCUCGAGAAGCUGGCCAAGUCAGCAGAGUCUCUUUUGACUGUUCAGUUCCAGGCUGCCUGGCUCCAGACUUUCAACGUUUUGGGAGCGAUAUUCGAUACUUUGAGAUGGAGGUCUUAUCCUAUCAUGAUGAACGUCACGAAGACUAUCGGCGAAAUCCGAGAAAACGGUUCUUUCCGCAACAAGAAGGAGGCUGACGAUGUUAUUGGAAAGGCUAUCCGAGCUAUGGGUCCCGAGGCUGUUCUCUCAAUUCUCCCUCUCAACCUCGCAAAGCCAGCAAAGGGCCAGCCAGGCCGUGCUUGGAUGUUCCCUAUUCUACGAGAUUACACUAGCAACACAAACCUAGCUCACUUCAAAAGUGAGAUGGUUCCUCUCAGUGAGGUUAUGUUUCAAAGGGUUCUUGACCAUGGGCAGGCUGAGAAGACAAUGGAGGUCAAGAUUUACGAAACAGUUGUCCAGCAGAUCUGGUCUACUCUUCCCGGCUACUGCGAUCUUCCUCUGGAUCUUACCGAGGCUUUCGACCAGGGCUUCGCCGAGAUUUUGGCUAACCUCCUGUACAAGCAAGUUGAGCUGCGACUGGAUGUUUGCAGGGCGCUCAAGACUCUGAUCGAGUCCAACCAAGCUAUUGCCAAUAUUGAGGACCAGGAGGAGGAUCUCGUUCUUCAGAGCCGAGUCAGCCGCGCUGAUGCCAAGAAGAAUCUUGAGUACCUUUCCAACUUUGCAGGCAACAUGCUCGCAGUCCUCUUCAACGUCUACACGCAAACUCUCCCCCAAAGCCGGGGCCCCAUCCUUCAGACCAUCAACACCUUCCUUAGCAUCACACCCAAUACUGAGUUGAUGGAGACUUUCGACCGAGUCAGCACUAUGCUCGCCACUGAGUUAGAGAAGGAGAAGCCAGCGGAGAAGAAGAAGGAGAGCCAGAAGUCCAAGGAUCACAUGCCUUCAACAGCCCAGACAUUGAUGGACCUCGUCAUCACAAUGUCCGUUUAUCUCCCCAGGGAAAGUUUCGCCGCUCUUUUCAAGAUUGCCGAAGUCAUCAUCAACAAGGAGGAGGAGCCUCAACUUCAGAAGAAGGCAUACAAGCUCAUUCCUCGCCUAGCGGAUUCUGAGGUCGGAAAGGCUGCUCUUCAGGAGAGAAGUGCUGAGCUCCAGCAACUUAUCUUCUCUAGCACCGAGAAGGUCUCAGCUCCUGCUCGACGAGAGCGCCUUGCUGCCAUUAUCGCCCUCCUACCUUUCAUUCCCGACACCUCCCUUCACUUCAUUCCUGCUGUGCUCAGCGAAGUUGUCAUCUCUUGCAAGGAGAACAAUGAGCGUGCCCGUGAGACAGCAUAUGAGCUCCUGGUUCGCAUGGGACACCGUAUGGUGCAGGCUAAUGGAACAUCCAUCGACAACAGCAAGGUUCCUCACAUGCCCGACGAUGCCCCUGCUGGAACCGCUAAUAUCGAGGAGUUCUUCACUAUGGUCAGCGCUGGUUUGGCUGGCAGCACACCUCACAUGAUCUCAGCUUCUAUUACGGCCAUCAGCCGACUUCUAUAUGAGUUCCGAAGCGAACUGAGUGACGCUACUCUAUCUGACUUGGUCCAGACCAUGGAUCUCUUCCUUACUUCCAACAACCGAGAGAUCGUCAAGAGCUGCUUGGGUUUCGUCAAGGUCUGCGUUAUUGGCCUCCCUGUCGAGCUCAUGCUUCCUCGUCUCUCAACUCUCGUGCCCAACCUCAUUGUCUGGAGUCAUGAGCACAAGGGUCACUUCAAGGCCAAGGUCAAGCAUAUUCUGGAGCGCAUGGUCCGUCGCUUUGGUUAUGAUAAUAUUCACAAGAACACACCUGAUGACGACAAGAAAUUGAUCGUCAACAUCCGCAAGACCAAGGAACGUUCCAAGAAGAAGAAGGAUGCUGCCAAGGGUGAGAAUGACGGUGACGAUAGUGACGACGACGAGGCUCAGCCCAAGCGCCAGUUCGAGAACGAAUACGACCAGGCCCUUUACAGCAGUGACUCUGAUGAUGAUGAUGGUGAAUCCGACGAUGAGGCUCCUAGGCAAAAGAAGAAGGCCCAGAAGGGUGGCAAGACAUAUAUUGUUGAAGACGACGACGAACCUCUCGAUCUGCUCGACAAGAAGGCCUUGGCCAACAUCUCUUCUACUAAGCCUGUUAAGAUGCGCAAGCCCACACGCACCAAGGCCAAGGUCGACCUCGACGGCAAGCUCAUCCUCGGCAAGGACAGUGACGACGAGGGUGCCAUGGACGUCGACGAGCCCAACCCUGAGGCUUCAGGCGUUGGUGCCUACGUCGCCGCUCUCAAGGGCAAGGACGUCGCCAAGCGCGGUCGCGGAGGCAAGCUCAAGUUCUCCAACCGUCGCACCAAGGACGACGAUGACGAGGACUUUGAGAUGGAUGACAACGAUGUUGCGGCAGUCAAGAGCAGGAUCAGCCCUGGACGGGAUAGGGGUAGCCGUGGAAGCUUCCGCGGUAGAGGAGCCGGUCGUGGUGGAAAGAGUGGAAGAGGAGGCAUUGCUGCAGGACGAAAGGGGCUUGGUGUUGAGAAGAGACAUGGAGUGUCUGGCGUGGGAAAGCCUAGGAGAGGACGCAACUAGAUGCCAUACUUAUACCCAUUCCAUGCGUCAUGAGGUUUCGGCAUUCGUUUUAUUUUUCAAGUUCGAGUUUAGAUCAUGGGUUGUUUUAGGGUAAAUAAAAGUCGAGCAAUUAUGAAGUCCAUUCGUAUACGGUUCAUCAUCGUAUUAUGGGGAGUAAAAGGCCUCGUCCAAAUGUCUAACAAUUCAAAUACUAGUUCUUGUAGUAGUCAAGUCUUUCCUCCGAUCGGGGUAUCAUCAGAUCAUGCCAUCGUCCAAAGUUCAUUCCAUCACAAUCGCUUUUGCCGGACUGCAAUAUCAACAAUGUAACCUCCAACGCCUGUUUCCAUGCUCAACGCGCUCAAAUAUUUUACGCACAUGCAUUAUCAUGAGCAAAACAAACAGUAUCCGCAAUUCUCUAAAUCAUCUUGCAGCAUUACUCAAGCACAAUUACAUCCUCCAUUCGACGCGGGUGUAGAGGCCGAGGUCGACCGUCUCCUGCAACAACGGGCUCUUCUCGGUAGUAUCGAUGCACUGGCUCCCGAUGUUGAAAGGGUUCGGGUACUCGUUCUUCGUAACGACUAUAUCGUGUUAGUGUCUUUCUGAUUUGACGAGCCACACUCUGCUUACACCUCGCGGUACGGUUCGUAGCCUGGUGCCAAUGGCUCAUUUAUGACCGGACGAGGCUCUGGGCCAGGUGGAUUAUAACGGAUGGGACGAGAGUCUCGCUCAAAGUAACUUCUAAUAUCACCUCGAGCUCCUGAAGACACAGGGACAUGAGCUGGUCUGGCCCGAUUGUCCGUUACAAUAGGGCGAUAUCGAUCUUCCAGAGACACGCGAUUGAUGGGGAUCAUCUCAGUGUCUGCGUUGGUUCGGUUGCCUGGUACUAGCCGGGAGUUUUCCUGCCAAGGGGCCGCCUGUUGCUCCCUUGCAACUCUAUAUGGCUCCGGAGCAAGCCUCGAGCCAGGCCCUGCUUCAUCACGGGAUGAUGCUGGAACGUCUCCAGUUGAAUGAACUGGGACUCGUUCAUAGAACCCACCACGAUCUUCCAUGACAACUGGGGUAUCACGAAUUCCUGGUCUUUGUGGCUCGUCAUAUGGCCGACGACUUACUAAAAUCCUCGCUGGGUUGUUCUGUGUUCCACGCGAUCUUGUAUCAUAACGAUAUGAAGGAUCCAAAGGAGCCGGAGGAGCAGGUAUUCCAUGAGAUCUUGUAUUAUAGCGAUGCGCAGGGGCAUCGAAUAUGUGACCACGGGGUGGUGAGGGAUCGUGGCCAGGGAUUUGGUAGGGCCUAUCUCCAUGAACCAACGGUUCACCCAUUACAGGUCGUGAUAUUUCCAUGGGCUCGCCUCUUGUAAGAGGGCCUCGCAAUGGAGAAGAUAUGAUAACUGGAUGCUGCAUACUGGUGGUCAUAGGGGGCUCAUUUCUGAAGCCUUGUCCCCGAGGGGGUACUGCACGCACAAAGGACGGUUUCAUAGUAUCAGGAGACGCUGGCUCAAUGGAUUGCACCAACAUAUCCUGUAGCCGAUCGGCCACUCUCGACACAGGCGGAUGAGUGCUAGGUGGCGCGUCAUAAAAUGGUGACUUUACCUUGCGGGCAACUUGUGGCCCUGUACUUAUAAAAUGGCCAUUUGCGGGAUACUGAGGUUUCCCGACAUAACCGUUCUCAUAGGGUGCAGGUCCCGCACCUCCAGAAACAAUUCUGAGCUGGGAUGCAGCAGGCAACUCAUCACCUAAAGGGACCAGAGCCGUAGGCGGCGGGGGACCACGGGUAUACUGAGGAGAUGGCCCUUGGGGAGAUUGGGGAGCUGGCUCUUGUACAUUGCGGUUUCUGUCAAUGGCUUCUUGCCAUGCUUGGUACCGUUUGAAUCCGCGCUGUCCUUUCUUCUCGGCGGAUGUCUUACGCUUUGCUUUCUUCACCUUUCCUUUUGGCUUGGGCGUGGCGGGCGUUCGUGCGCCCUGGUUAGGUCUGGGAGAUUGGUGGUGACCGGGACCCGCCUGGCCAGAGAUAUUCUGUACAGGCCUGCUGGGAAUGGGAUUCGUAUACUGACACACAACCUCUUCGAUUGAUGAGUCGGACUCGUUGCCGGAUUCCUCACCUUCUGAGUCGGAUAUCACAACAACUUCCCUCAAUAUCUCAUCCAGCUGGUCCCGACCGCUCUCCUCAUCUCCUCGCCACUUGACGAGGGUGUCCAAACAAAGAGCCUCGACAACUUUGCGAGCAUUCUGCCACGUGGUCUCCCUUAGCAAAGUAUCAUACCUUGUAUGGGUAUGACGGAUGUGAGCGAGCACUGCGAGUUGAACCCUUCGAGCGAGGGUUAUGUCAUCCGAAAGGCCUACUUUUUCCUUGUUGUUUUUGUUCGUUGGAUCCUAUAAUAAUAAAUACCUUAUCUGUAUAAAGGUGUCAGGGAGAACAAACCCGUCUAAAAGCAUGUUCGAUGAUCAUCUGUCGAUCGGUGUUUGGAAUUCUGGGAAACAAAUCGCGUAAUGCAGCGUCAACUUGUGCAUCGUAUUCCUCUUGAGAUUCGGGAAUGGGUUCGGGGGCGCCGCGAGCUGCUGGAAGCAUGUUCUCCAUGAUAUGUCCUAGACCCGCGCGGGCUUCCUCGACGAUUGUUUCUCUAACAUGAUGUCCAAUGCGAUGGACUUGGUGAGCCAAGAUAUUUGAGCCGGAUGCUUCUUUUGCGUUCUUCAUGUGGCCAGGUUAGUAACAGACGGCCGAGACCAAUACAUCUGUGUUUUGCAUACCGAUACGAUAAAUAUCAUGGCAUCUUUUUCUCGUGAUAGUUCUUUGCAUGCUUGAGUUAGUUCAGGGUUGCCGGCAGGGACAAACUCGAAACCAGGAGGGGGUGUUUUCUUUGUAGUAAUCUAUACAUGGUGGUGAGUGCUGUGAUGACCUCGUUGCGCAACAGUCGCAUUAUACCUGGAAUUCAAGCUUCUUUUUUUUAUCCUUGUUUUCAACAAACUCGAAGUACGAGUGAUGUUUCGUUGUCUUUGGAAGAGCUGGUUUGGCAACAAAGCCAGGGGGGACAGGUGCUGUAUGAUCAUACUGAGAUCUUUGUGCACGUCUAUGCCUCUCCUUUGGGCCACCUGCCACAGCCGCGGGCAGGUUUCGUUUUUCUCUCCCCAUUUUGUACGGCUAUGGUCAGCUUACCAUAGUGGCGAGUGAUAGAUUUCCAGUUGAUAUGUUCCGACGAGGGAACUGAAAUAGCAACUUGAUAGGACCUUCUGAGGCCUGGUAGAACGCGAUAUGUUUGCAGAGGACGAUACUCUUUGCAGUACCUGUUUGCAAGUGCAAGGGUGGUAACCGUAUCUUCAAAGUUGGAGAACACAAGCAAAGAAGAAUAGGCUGUCGCGAUGCGUGCGAUGCCGCGCAAUACUCUGCUAUGCUAUGCAAUGCGAUGCAACAACGAAAUGUGACGGGCCGAAACUGUUUCAAUCUUUCACGAGUCGCAACAAGGCACAGAUAGACAGACACGGUAUAUACAAACCGAUAGGCGCGUUCCAGUUGACACUUUGGCCGGGCGAGGAAUAUGUCAGACACGACUGUUCAGGCGCGAGUGCAGUUGGGCGCGCACGGUUGUAGGGCGUAAGGCUCCGACGAGGUUCUCCAAAUGCAUGCAGAUGCAGGCGAAUGGGGCCAUUGAUGGAUGGCCUCAAG